AUGCCGUCCUCGGUGCCGCUGAAGAUCUUGAGGUCGUCGGCGUACGCCGAGGCACCGGGGCAGUCAUCGCCCGACAGCGGCACUCCCAGCUGUGGGCUGAGCGGGCAGCCUUGGAAGACUCCCACCCGCAGCGAGAUCGGGGCCGUUGUGCCUGCAUCCCAUAGCAGCGCGAACGGCACGCUGCCGAACGCGUUGCGGAAGUCGUACCAGACUUCGAAGUUGUGCUCCCCGCAGCCGUUGACCGCUCGGAAGCCCUUCUGCCCCGGGGCGUGGCGGUCGUUCGCGUCCAGCCACCGUACCAGCCGCCGCGCGAGGACCCCCGUGUAG